AUGGCCAUCCAAAAGAAGACCAAAGAUCCAAGAGAAAAGGAGAAGAAGAGAAUUGAAAGACUCCAAGAGAAAGUAACACCUCCCGAAGAUACAGUCAAGAGAUUUGCCAUUCUGAUUGGAGGAGCUCUAGUUGCUUUCAUUGCUCUAUUGGGCCUAGUAUUCUUACUAAGUGGAGAAAUUAAAUACAAGAAGACUGAAGAGGGUCUUCCAUAUCCUGUCAAGCUUGAAGUCACUGAAAAAGUCUUUUUCGAUAUUUCUAUUGGUAAGCCUUCGAAGAGAAAUCCACCUGUGCGUAUUGUUCUUGGUUUAUUCGGUAAUGCUCAACCAAAGACUGUUGAGAACUUCCGUUCACUCACAACUCACGACAGACAAAUUGGAUACAGAGGCUCAAUCUUCCACAGAAUUGUACGAGGAUUUGUCAUUCAAGGAGGUGAUAUCACUAAGGGAGAUGGUACAGGAGGAACUUCAAUUUAUGGACCAUCUUUCGAUGAUGAAGAUUUAAGCAUUGAGACAUUCCGUGGAUGUGUUGCAAUGGCCAACAAGGGACCAAACAGCAACAACUCUCAAUUCUUUAUUACGAUGGCUCCAACUCCUCAUCUCGAUGGAAAACAUGUUGUUUUUGGACGAGUGUUGAAAGGAUGGGAAUUCUUGCAAAGAUUGGAACUUAUCCGAACCAACCAAAAUUACAGACCUGCUGUCGAUGUUAUUGUCGUGAACAGUGGAAUUUAUAAGGAGGAAAUGCAACAACAAGAACAACCAAUUCCUCAAGAAUAA